AUGAGCCUGGACUCCCUGUUCCAGCAAAUUCUCCUCACGGAGCAGCAAGCAGAGGAGAAGCGGCGCCUCAUGCACCAAGUUAAAUUAGACAUAAACAGAAGUCAUGAAAAAAUUAAGCAAAUAACAGAAGAGCUGAAUGAAGCAAAAAUAAAAUUAGAAACUAAGGUUCAGCAGCUGUCUGAAAAGCUCUUCUACUUACAGCUUUUGAAGAAACGUGAAGACAUCUUAGAGAAAAAGAAAGUUGAACUUAUGAAUCAAAGGAGUAUUUUUCUCAAAAUCUUUUCAGAUACAAAGAGGAAAAUGAUUGAAGAAGAGGAGAAUUUUAUGAAGGAAAUCACAGAUUUUAACAAUGAAUAUGGACUAACAUGUAACAGAGAGCUUUUGAUUAGAAAAAAAGCCAAGACUGAAAUAUGUGACUUAGAAACUCAGGCAAAUAUUUUGAAAAAUGAAAUGGAGUCAAUGGAAUGUGAAAAUGUUCAGUUAAAUGCACUCCAGCUGCAGAAGAAUGAAUUAAAGCAGGAUUUAUUUACUCUCCAGAGCAAACUCAAAGAUACUGAAGAACAACUACGUGAAGCUGAAGACAUUACAAAAUGUUUAGAAGCAGAAAAAGUCAAAGUUAGUGAAAAGCCUCAGACUGACAUUGAAUGUUUAAGGAUUAAAAAAGAACUGGAAAUUUACAAAGGAGAUGACUUGGAGAAUGUUUGUGAAGCUCUUCAAACAGAAAUUGAAUUUCUGCAGAUGAAAUUAUCACAAAAGUCUUCAGGCAAAUAA